CCCCUCGAGUCUGUCCGACGAGAACUAACUGGCCACUUUGAAAAGUUGUUGUUAACCGACGACUCUAUCCUAAACACAUACCACAGCAACACGGUAGUUUUUACACUCUCCAGCUCCGAGAUUAUCCACAGGUGAAAAUGCAUCACAGUUGUCGCAUGUGGAUUUUAGUCAUCGCAACAGCGGUAUGGACGGACGCAAUCACAGGACACGAGGACAAAGUCGGGAUUAAAAAUCAACAGGUGCAGCAACAGCAACAAUCUGAUGUCAUGCAAACAAUGGCGGAAGGUGGUGGACAUCAGUCAAUGCAGAUGACAUCUCCGGCAGAAAGUUACUUCAAUGUCCCACUGGGCCCGUUGGGCUAUUUGGCCAAACGCGCGCACAAGCAGUACGGAUUUGGACUCGGAAAACGUCUUUACCGACAAUACGAGUUCGGAUUGGGCAAACGGUCGGCAUCUAAGCAGUACGGAUUCGGUCUGGGUAAACGGGCUGCGCUCAAGCAGUACGAGUUCGGCUUGGGAAAACGCGCUUCGCCGACUUUCUACAGUUUUGGUCUGGGACGGCGGGCUUCUCCACAGUACAGUUUUGGACUCGGAAAAAGGGUGUCGCACCCGUCAUUCUUAAACGUGGACGACCGUGAAUCGGACUACACGUACAACGACUUGUCGGAGGAGAAGAAGAGGACGGCGGACGACAUGGGUCACGGCCAGCGGUUCGCUUUCGGGCUGGGCAAACGAGGAGCGGGGGCGGAAUGGGAUGACGGCGACGGCGAAGGCGACGACACGGCGCCCAUCUGGCACCCGGCCGUCAGGCGGGCUCGUCUCCAAUACGGUUUCGGGCUGGGCAAAAGAGCCGACCGCGACUAUGACGCCACCACCGGAACUGAGUACGCGGAUACGCUGCAGUUGGCCGAUGACGUAGCCGCCGCCGACAUCAACAACUAAAAUAAAUGACAUAUUUUCACCCGAACAACACACACUCAGACACACACACACACACACACACACACACACACACACACACACACACACACACACACACACACACAUACGUACAUACAUGCAUACAACAUACAAAACAUACAGUGGUAAACGUAUUAUAGGUGGAGGUUAGUGGGGAGGGGGGAAGGGUUUGCCCCCAAGUACAAUUUGACUUCGACGUUUGACGGAUAUCGUUAUUUCCUAGCAUGAUGUAAUACGAGAACGAUCUGCUAUUCACUCAAAAUAUAGUUUUCAUCUUUGGCCAGACUCCUCGACCCAUGUCGUCCUGGACAAUAACAAUCCAACAGUUCAACACAUUUUUGAUUUUUUGUUGUUAUUGAAGUAUUUUAAUGUAUUUGAUCAUUAUCAUAAUGUGUUGUGUGUAUCAUAGUUUAUCGCACGAAAUAGCCAAUCGAUAAUAUUAACAAUAAAGGACAUGAAAAACAUUUAAAAUAUUAUAGUGGUUCGAGUGUUUGUUUGCCUUUUUUAAAUAAACGGACUGUUUGAAAAGAAAAUUAAGCCUCCCUAGCAUUUGACUUAAUCUCCACCUAUGAAACGUAUAAGGUCAUAUUUUUAAAAAAUCAGUCUCUACAGGCAGCUCGCUGAAACAUAUUAUCAAAAAAAAUUUUUAAUUAAAUUACAACAAUAAAGAAAACAGACCAAAUA